AUGACCUACGUGGACGAAAUAAUCCUAUACUAUGAGUCAGGUGGAUCGCGGUGUUUAGAGACGGGCACGGAUGGAGUGAUAGGCGAAAUCCUGCUGACGCCUCAAUACUGUGCCAUAAACUCCUCCAGCGCCACUAACAAACCUCAACUUAAGGCACAACACUAUUGGAAACCACAGAGGCGAUUGCAAGCAUUUUAUCGACCCCAUUCACCGAUUCAGGUUGUUUUUUCACCCGGGCUACCGUGCAUACCCGACAGCCUCCAACGUGGAAAUCAUAUUAUUUCAGUUCAUCGUUUGUCCGUCAAUUUCAAACAAAUUGCUGGUUGA